AUGGAAUGGACAGGCUGCAAAACAAGACAAGACAAUGCUGAGAUCAUGGAAACUGUGAUUCUGGAGAAGACCAUCAUCAAACUUGGGUCCUUGUUGGCUUUAGGUUUUGGAGAGGCUGGAGCAAACAUCAUUGAGCACAACAUGCACGGCGUUGACAGUGCCUGCGUUGAUGCUAUGGUCGAAGGAGCGCGAGUUGAGUGCAUCAUUGGUGCCACCCGCAUCAGAGACUUUAGCACCGCUACUGAGGUGUUGCAGGCAAAGGUCAUGACCUUUGUCAACCAAAUAGCAGAGAUUGUCCAUGGUGUUGUGGAUGAGUUUCACGGAGCAGCAAACAAGAACAAUGGUGACACUUUCCUAAUGAUUUGGAGAGUGAUGGGGGAUAUUGACAAGGUGGCAAAACUUGCUGAUAUGUCCAUUCUGGCCUUCACUAGGAUAUUGGGAGCCAUCCACCGAACACCGGUGCUGGCAGCCUAUAGAGGUCACCCUGGCCUUCAGCAGCGUCUUGGUAAGAACUGCAGGGUAAAUCUAAGCAGCGGCCUUCACUAUGGCUGGGCCAUCGAAGGAGCUGUUGGCAGUGAAUUCAAGAUCGAUGCAUCUUAUUUGUCACCAAAUGUUAGCAUUGCUGAAACAGUGGAGCGUGCAACGCAGAUUUAUGGCGUGAGCGUUCUGGUUGCAGAAUCUGUCGUGUCAAUCUGCUCUCCUCCGAUGGCUGCCAAAUGCCGGUUGAUCGAUCGGGUCAUCAUCACUGGGUCUGUUGUGCCGAUGGAUCUCUAUGUGAUUGACCUUGACUACUUGAGCCUAACAGUUGAGCCUCCUCUUGGACCUCAAAAAUGGACGACCAGAGAUCGCUUCAAGGUGCGACAAUUCUUGGAGAAUGAGAAGGAACAGAAGUUGGCCGAUGGGGUCAAGAUGGUAAAUUUGUUCAAUGAGAAUGCAGAUAUAGCCUCUAUGCGUUUCCGCUACACGCUGGAGUUCAUCCAUGUAUUCAACAUGGGCUACCAGAACUACUCCCAGGGUGAAUGGCAGGUUGCACAAAGACUGCUUCAGCGCACCAGGGAUAUGCUCGGCGUAGAGGAUGGGCCCAGUGUUGCCUUGCUGAAGUUUAUGGAGCGAACCAACUACGAGGCUCCUGACACUUGGCAAGGCAUCAGAGAUUUGGGUCAUGCAUCCUUGUCUUGA